CCCGUCGUCCGCCGUCCAACGCUGCCCAGUCCUCUGGAGAACCCGUCGUCCGGCGCACCCGUCGUCCGUCGUCCGGUGAUUCCAACGCUGCCCAGUCCCUCCGAGUUCUGAAAUUUGCCUCCGGCCGGCCACUCUAAAAAAAGCAUUUUCCAAAAUGGACUCUUCAAGUUCACGAUUGGAUACCGAGGGUCAAUUUGACGGUGCUUUAACCCAUCAAGACGACCAUCAAAAUGAUGUGGGUGAAAAAGUUGAAGAACCGAAGGAUUUAACGACGUUUAUUUCAGAUGAAGAGUUGAGUGAUAAGGAUGAUGAGAAAGUUGAACAACCAAAGGAUUUAAUGACUUUUAGUCCAGAUGAAGAGUUGAGUGAUAAGGAAGAAAAUGUGGUCUUACCUGUGGUGUUAAAGGAUGAUGAGAAAAUUGAAGAGCCGAAGUCAUCAAUGACUUUUAGUUCAAUAGAAGAAGUUUGCUCUUAUUAUAGGAGGUAUGCUAAGCAAGCUGGGUUUGGUGUAGCUCAUAGAACCUCGAGAAAAACGAAGGGUAUAAAAAGUUACAUAAUGCUUAUAUGUACUCGUGGAGGUGACGAGCGAGCUACAAAUGAUGUUGCGAAGCCAAUUCCAACAACUAAUAGAACAGGGUGUGGUGCUAGGAUUUGUGCGAAAUUAUGUGGUGAUGGAACGUGGUUUUUGAGUAAAGUUGAGCUGACGCAUAAUCAUUCGUUAAGCCCGGGUAAAGCGAGAUUUUUUAGAAGCAAUAGAAAAAUUAAUGAUGCUGCAAAAAGAAGACUUGAGCUAAAUGAUAGAGCGGGAAUACGUCUGAGUAAGAAUUUCAAUUCGUUAGUCGUUGAAAGUGGGGGGUUUGAGAGUAUUUCUUUUGGAGAGAGAGAUUGUCGGAAUUAUAUUAAUAAGGCAAAAGAACUCCGUCUUGGUAAAGGGGGUGCCCAAGCACUUUGUGAUUACUUCAGAAGAAUGCAAAAGCAAAAUAGUGGCUUCUACUUUAUGAUAGAUAUGGAUGAUGAUUGUAGGUUACGAAAUGUUUUUUGGGCGGAUGCACGGAGUAGGGCAGCAUAUGAUUUCUUUGGAGAUGUUAUUACGUUUGACAUAACGUAUUUGACCAAUAGCUAUGACAUGCCCUUUGCUCCUUUUGUAGGAGUGAAUCAUCAUGGUCAAUCUAUACUUUUGGGGGCAGGACUAAUUUCAAGUGAGGAUACAGACACAUUUGUGUGGUUGUUUAAAUGUUGGUUGGAGUGCAUGAAUGGCCAAGCCCCUAAAGCAAUUAUAACAGACCAGGAUAGAGCUAUGAAAAAUGCAAUUGCUAUUGUUUUCCCUGGAAGUCGACAUAGAUAUUGUCUGUGGCAUAUUAUGAAAAAGUUCCCUGAAAAAUUUGGAUCACAUGCUAAUUUUGAUGGCAUUAAGAGUGCCAUAAAUAAAUGUUUGUAUGACUCUCAAACGUGUGAAGAAUAUGAGGAAAACUGGAAAGAUCUACUGGAGAAGUAUAACCUUCAUGAUAAUGCAUGGUUGAAUGGGUUAUAUAGGGAGAAGACAUUUUGGGUGCCGGCAUACAUGAAAGAUACGUUUUGGGCGGGAAUGAACACUACACAGCGAAGUGAAAGUAUGAACGCAUUUUUUGAUGGGUACGUGCACUCACGAACCACAUUGAAAGAAUUUGUUGAUGAAUAUGAUAAUGCUUUAAGGAGAAUGGUCGAGAGUGAGACACGUGCUGAUUUUGAUUCUUUCAAUCGCACAAUCUCAUGUAUAAGCGCCUUGGGAGUUGGGAAUUAA